UGCUGGGCGAGGUCGGAGAAAGUCCGCGGGCGCCGGAGCUCGGGGACGCUGGAGCACUUCCUGCCGCGGGCGGCGCCGCAGCUGCCCAGGCCGGACCGGGCCGGGUGCCCGCAGAUGUGCCUCAUCCAGUCUGUCCCACGCUAAGUCUGAAGCCCACCCACCACGGCACCCGCCAUGUCUCAGAUGCUGCACAUCGAGAUCCCCAACUUCGGGAACACAGUGCUUGGCUGUCUGAAUGAGCAGCGCCUGCUGGGCCUCUACUGCGAUGUGUCCAUUGUGGUCAAGGGCCAGGCCUUCAAGGCCCACCGUGCAGUCCUGGCCGCCAGCAGCCUCUAUUUCCGAGACCUCUUCAGCGGUAAUAGCAAGAGUGCAUUCGAGCUGCCGGGCACUGUGCCGCCUGCCUGCUUCCAGCAGAUUCUGUCCUUCUGCUACACAGGCAAGCUCACCAUGGCGGCCAGCGAGCAGCUCGUGGUCAUGUACACAGCAGGCUUCCUGCAGAUCCAGCACAUCGUUGAGCGGGGCACAGACCUCAUGUUCAAGGUGAGCUCACCCCACUGUGACUCGCAGACCGCCAUGAUCGAGGAUGCCAGCUCAGAGCCCCAGAGUCCCUGCAACCAGCUGCAGCCGGCCACUGCUGCCUAUGUCGCAUCCCCUUCUGUGCCCAUCCCACUUCUGACCCGGGUAAAGCAUGAAGCUAUGGAGAUGCCACCUGCCACUGGCCCGGGCCUGGCGUCUAAGCGCCCCCUGGAGACGGGCGCUCGAGAUGGUGUGGCAGUAGCUACAGGUACUGCAGGGACACCUGGCACAGCCCCUCUGAAGCUGCCUCGAGUCUCCUACUACGGAGUGCCGAGCCUGGCCACUCUCAUCCCCAGCAUCCAGCAGGUACCCUAUCCCCAGGGGGAGCGGACCAGUCCUGGGGCCAGCAGCCUGCCCACCACUGACAGCCCCACCUCCUACCACAACGAGGAGGAUGAGGAAGAUGACGAGGCCUAUGAUACCAUGGUGGAGGAGCAGUAUGGCCAGAUGUACAUUAAGGCCACAGGAAACUAUGCAGUGCAAGAGAAGCCAGAGCCGGUGCCCCUGGAGAGCCGCUCCUGUGUCCUCAUCCGUCGAGACCUGGUGGCACUGCCUGCCAGCCUCAUCAGCCAGAUUGGGUACCGCUGCCACCCAAAGCUCUACUCGGAGGGCGAUCCUGGAGAGAAACUGGAGCUUGUAGCAGGCUCCGGGGUCUACAUCACACGUGGCCAGCUCAUGAACUGCCACCUGUGUGCAGGGGUGAAGCACAAGGUCCUGCUGCGGAGGCUCCUGGCCACCUUCUUUGACAGGAACACACUGGCCAAUAGCUGUGGCACUGGCAUACGCUCGUCUACCAGUGACCCAAGCCGAAAGCCGCUGGACAGCCGAGUCCUGAACGCUGUGAAACUGUACUGUCAGAACUUCGCCCCCAGCUUCAAGGAGAGCGAGAUGAACGUGAUCGCUGCAGACAUGUGUACCAAUGCUCGCCGUGUCCGCAAGCGCUGGCUGCCCAAGAUCAAGUCCAUGCUGCCAGAGGGCGUGGAGAUGUACCGUACCGUCAUGGGCGCCUCAGCCGCCAGCCUGCCCCUGGACCCCGAGUUCCCACCUGCUGCCUCACAGGUGUUCGAGCAGCGCAUCUAUGCCGAGCGGCGAAGUGACGCGGCCACCAUUGUGGCUCUGAGAACUGAUGCUGUGAAUGUCGAUCUGAGCACCUCGGCCAAUCCUGCCUUUGAGGCUAGUGAGGAGGUGGAUGGGGCAGGCUCGGUUAUCCAGGAGGUGGCUGCCCCUGAGCCGCUGCCUGCUGAUGGCCAGAGCCCCCCUCAGGCCUUUGAGCAGGGCAACACCAGCUCCAGCAGGCCUCAGACACCAGUGGCCACAGCAGCAAGAAGGCCAGAGGGCACCUAUGCAGGGACCUUGUAAGGGGCCAGCAAGGCCGCCUCACAAGGGACCAAGUACUAAAGCUGCUUGCAUGCGUUACUAAUACAAACAAAUGUGAUCAAGCCACUUACCUACUGAACCGCUACUGCUGCCUGACAGAAAUGUGAUUUUUAUUCUGCCUGUAUUUAAAAUGGAUGAAGGAUACAAACGCAUUCAUUAUACUGUAAACAUUUAGGCCACUGGCCACGCUCUGGGAGGAAGGUCCCAGGGCAACUUUUUGAUAUUCCUCAGCUCAGUCUCCCAUGGUAGUGCUCCCCUCCCCCUUCUUGGGGAGGUAGAAGAGGCCACCAGGUCCCUGGUGUCCGGCCCUGACCCUGACUCAUCUACCCUUCCUAUUCCUCCUGCUCUGAAAGCGGAAGCUGGGGUAGUAGUGGCCUGUGGGUGGAAGGGCAGAUAUGACACACUCCAUUUCUUACCCAUAAGGACCCCAGUGGGGCAGUGCUGGGCCUCCGGAGGCCAGAUUUCUCUUGUAUUCCUUCCUCCCAAGAAGCCACCCGUGUGUGUGUGUGUGUGUGUGUGUGUGUGUGUGUGUGUGUGUGUGUGUGUAGAGAGAGAGAGAACGAGAGUGUGUGUGUGCAUAUGCAUGUGUGUGCUCAGAGACCAGUGAUGGCCCUCAGCAGUGGCUGUGGCUGGUCACCCGGGGUAGGGGAAGGACGAGGCGUUCUCCCCCCAUACCCGUGUCCUCACUCUGCUCCACCCAGACCCCCAGCGGCUGGCCUGCUGACCGCCCCCCCAGGGUCUCCAUGCCCCUGGCCAUGGCUGGCCUCACUACCCUCUGCCUCCCCAGCCACUCUGGGAUUUUGCUUUUUUGCUGUUUUUGUUUAGUUCAGAUCUGUUUUCGUUUGUGGUUUGGAAACUUUCAGACCCAACAGGGCAAAAAAGUCAGUGAGGGACGAAUGUCCCUGCCCCUAGCCUACUACAGAUUUGGGUGAAUACAUGCCCAUGGACCCCCUGUUGGCCUCCCACUGGAGGCAGAGGGGGCCCAGGAAAGAACAGCUAGCCGUGUACAGUGAGACUCAGCACCAUGGGCUUACCGCUCACUCUGAAUACCUGUGUAGUUGGCUGCAAGCACAGGCCCGGGCUGGGGCAAUAGGCAGGUGUAGAUCUCACUGGGGACCAGAAAGUUAGAGAAUCAUGAAAGGGGUGCCUGAAAGAGGGCCUUUGAGGACAGCUGGCCGGCUUUAAGCUGGUGUUUAAUCAUUUUUAAGUGUGGGACAUGCUCCUGAGGCCACUUACCCAAGUGUCUCUUCUUGGACUCUUGUCCAGGGACUGCCCGCUCACCUGCAAAGCCUAGCAGCUCCUGAAGUGCCCAAGGACACCCAUGACGCCAAACUUGAAAGGUCUAAUGUUCCCUAUCCCUCUAUACAUCUUGAAUUUGCUGCCCUCUGAUUCCACCCCCACCCCCACCCCCGUGUACCCACAGGCUGGGUAGUCUCUCCCCAUCUGGAGGGCCAUGGUAGGAGGGAGAGCCUGAGGUGCAAUUUAGACUCCUUCUGUGUUGUCCCCUACCCCCCCCCCCCUUUUUUUUUUGCUGGCACUUCCUUGCCUUGGAGUGGCCUCACAGGUAGCCCUCACACUGUGUGACUCUAAGUAUGUGUCUUCCCCCUCUUCUGAAAGACCUGUGGUUUGGGAAAGGGGCAUCAUGGCAGGCACUGUGGGAACUGACCUGAGCCCCCUCUCCCUGCUCCUUGGCAACCCAAGGCCUGCAUUCCUGGGGCAAGUACAGUGGCUAGCUAAUGUCCAGCUCUGGAACUAGCCGCCCAGAGAUGGAUCUCUCACCUCUCCCGUUCCCAUCUUAGGUAGGUUGCAGCCCCAGCCAGCCGUUAGUGACUUGGACCAAACCCUCCUGGUGCUGGGAGAAGACCAUAGAACUGUGGAGGGUAUGGCAGGACUGGGGGGCGGGGCACUGCGCCCUUCCCCUCUGGAAUAUUCCUUCAUCUGCUUUCCCAACCCAAAUUUGCACUUUAGUUUGACCAUCCCUGGGGACCUUUGGGAGACAGACCCACCUGUUUUGGCUGGUGGCAAAAGGGCUCUCUCUCAUCCCUCCACUCCAAGAUGGGCAUGGUCUCCCCCCUGGGCCAGCAUAGGGAGGGUGCCGCUGGCCACUGGAGGAGACGGUGGCCGCCCAGAAUGCCUGACCACUGCUCGGGCUAGCACAAUGUCCUCAACCUCUGUCCCUUAAUGUGUAUAAUUGCCAUCUGUUUUGUUCUGGGUAAGGAAGGCAAGAGCUGUAGGUAAAACUUCAAUAAUAUUAAUUAAAUGUGAAUGGAUUCUGAGCUCUCCCUGCGCCCCAGGUGGGCCAGGCAGAGCGUUUUGCACUAAUGUGUCCCGUGGUGGACGUGGUGGGGAGCGUUUGCAGACAUGCAUGGCCAAUGACUGUACCUGCUUGGGGGGGGGCACUCCCUCUGCAUCUGAAUGUACUGCUAGGCAGGCGGGUGGUAGGCCUGGGCUCUGAGGGGCCUUCCAGAGUGCCUUAGCAUCUUUUGAUUAUUUUUUUUCCGAGGAAAACCAAUUUAAAAAACCGGACUCCCCCUCCUUUGUUUACAAGAUGACUAAUUCCAGAACCGGGGCUGUCUCGUCCUGCCACGUGACCCUGACUUGUCCAGACCCUGUAGAUGAGAUCCUCUCAGUAUUCGUUGGAUGUCUGCACCCUUGUUCCUAGCUCGACUACUAGCAAUAUACAUAUACUAUGUAGAGUCUAUUGUAGAAACUCUUGCUACAUCAGCAUCUUUGCCAUGAGGACAGUUGGGACUGGAUGGAUUGUGUUGGAGCUGCUGGGGCAGGGCUGGAUCCAGCCACUGCUCUUGUGCCCUCCCCGAGGCAGCCGGACGGACUACAGCAGGUCCAGGGCAAGGGACCAGAGACAGGGCUGAUACUGUGAGCUUGGAGGGGCUGCCUGCCUGCCUGCCUGGCCGUCUCAGUACUUGAAUUCUGUCUUGUUUUCUAUACCAGUUGCUUCAGCUAGCGUCUGAUUUGCUGUCUUGCUUUGCCCUUGAAUGUGGAUGCAGCGGUGUGUGAAAGGCAAUCGAGGCGAGACCCUGAGGGUCCUGCACGGUGUGACUGCAGGUCUGGGCCUCCAGGAAAACUAGCUGUGUGGCAUUUGUUUAGAACCGAGAGGAAGGUGGAAGGAAGGGCCUCUGAGGGACUGGCAAGCUGGCAGGGUCUGUCCCCUCCAGGGGACCGUGGGGUGCCUGGUGCUACCUGAUUCAACAGCAGGAACCUCCUAAGCCCAGUGCUACCCCUGUCCUGCCCUGCCCGCCCCACCCCAUUGUGCCCUGCUUGGGUUCCCCAAAGGUGGUGAUUUGUAGCUGAAGUGGGAGGAGCAGAUGGCCCACCAACCAGCUGAAAACUCGAGAGACCCUGUUAGAAUCUGCUUGCUAUGGAUCCCGAAUUGGAAGGGUGAGCAUGUGACAUCUCAGCUUUACCCACUGCUUCGGAUGGUGCUGCUGCUGUGUGGUUCUGCCUGAUGUCAGCCAGCCCAGCCUGUGCUGCGGAAGAAGGGCUUGCUACAGAGUGUUUCAAGAAUGGCAAAGGUGUUUGCUUUUGUUUGUUUUGUUUUUCUAGAAAAGGAAAAGGAUGCGCGACCUAAAGCAUUCUGAUUGAGUAGCCUCCGCUCGCGUCCCAACAGUCGCCUCGUUGCAAGCGUUUUGCACACGAUUGUGAUUUUUAUGUCAAAAGAAGCCAAAAUUUGCAAUACUAUUUUUAGCAGACAAAAAGAGAAAGUAUAAAAUGUAUAAAUAUUUUUGACUUGAACGUUCUGGGUGGCUCUGGGUGCAAGGAGAACGCUCGUCCCUUCGGUGGGAUGUUUGGAGAAAAGGACCCAAGAGAGAGGGUUGUUUUGAAGGCACUGUCUAGGGGUUAAAGUAGUGUCAUAACUCAUGACUGUUAGAAAAUAAGUUAAUAAAAUCAGUUGCUCCCUACCUCUAAGGAGGGCUUCACAGAACCACUGAGCUAGAGCAGACGCCACAUCUUGGCUUUCUUUUGUUUUGGGGAGGAGGAGGCCUUUAUUUUGUCCCUCCAGCACCCUCCUCGCUCUUUCUGUGCUGUGACCCCGUAGUGACAAGACUGUUACUUUGUAGCCAUGGCUGACAACAUUGUAUCAAUAACUAAAACCACCGCAAUGUGGGCAAGCUGACCAGGGAAACCCGAGAGCUGUGAGCCUGUGCUCAGAGCUGUUUCAGAGGUGGAAGUCCAUGACAAACAAAAGGAUGUCAUCAUUAAUUGUAAAGCGCUUUGUAAAAUUCACAUUUACAGAAUAAUAAAGUCAAUUCAAACCCA